CACGCAAUUGACGGUUUGCGCAUGCUCAUAUAGAGAUACGGCGCUACAAGGAAAAGGUGCUAAAGACAAAGGACUAAACAACCCCAGGAAAAGAGGCGAAACAAUUAAUUUAACCAGGAUUAUGACAACCAUACUACAGUAUCGCAUGAAGCGAAAGCUGUUUUCUUAAGGAGUCGUCGGUCUGUCUACAUGUCACAGAGCCUCCUGUAUCAGGUCCCUCACUUUUCCACUGGAGAAAACUCUCAGUGGUGGAGCCGUGGUCCUCUGGGCUCUCUAGAAAUGGAAAGAACUCCUAAGCUCUCGUGACACUUGAGGUACUCAAAAAAAAAGUUACGAUGACACACAUCAGAAUGGAGGAAGUUGAAAAAAGAGACGCAUACUCUUGCUUCUCUUGCUAAUUUUUCCAUAGAUGAUCCUUGUGGUUAUUUCUAUUUUUAUACUGAAGCAACUGGAAUAUCAAUGUCUACACACCCAACUUUUUGUUCACAUAAUUCAAUUCGGGGCUCCUCACUCAACUUGAACACUGUUUGCCAGCAGUUUUUUUUUCUUUUUUUCUUCCAAUCGUCCCUUUUGAAACAGCAGGUGUAGCUGAAGUGACCUGGCCCCCCUCAGUGUCACCCAGUAGACCCACCUCCCCCCUCCCUUGUCACACGCUCGCUCCUACAGCAACUGAAAGGUUGCCAUGACAAUGGUAGUCGUGUCGGCGUAGUGACAGGGUGAUGGGGAGUGCUCCAUGUUCCGGGAAGGGGAGGGCGAGAGGGGGGCUGCAGGACCUGGGCUGUAUGCCAUGGAAGCUGAGCAAGCAGAAAGGGGUGGGGGUGGUGGUGCAGGGAGGGAUGGGAAGAGGGGUGGGGGGGGGGAGGUCAGGCCUGGGAGAGCAUGCUCUCUCGACCCCUCUGGCCACGCCUCCACCGCCCAUCUACCACGAGAAGCAGCGGCGGGAGCUGUGUGCUCUGCACGCGCUCAAUAACGUCUUCCAGGAUGGGGCAGCUUUCAGCAGGGAUACUCUCCAGGACAUCUACCAGAGACUCUCUCCUGGCACUCUGGUAACCCCCCACAAGAAGAGCAUGCUUGGAAAUGGGAACUAUGAUGUGAAUGUCAUUAUGGCCGCUCUGCAGACCCGAGGAUACGAGGCUGUCUGGUGGGAUAAAAGAAGGGAUGUGGGCAGUAUUGCGCUAUCCAACGUAACGGGCUUCAUCUUGAACGUCCCGUCCAAUCUGCGCUGGGGUCCGCUGCGCCUGCCACUCAAACGCCAGCACUGGAUAGGGGUGCGCGAGGUUGGCGGAGUCUAUUACAACCUCGACUCCAAACUACGUAGCCCACAUACCAUCGGAAACCCUGAUGAGCUCAGGAAGUUCCUGCGUUACCAGCUGAGAGGGAAAAAUGGUGAGCUCCUAUUGGUGGUCUCUGAGGAGGUGGAGGUCCACCAAACAUGGAGGUCAGAUGGCUGUUGAUUGAAUGUGCCCGGCAACCUUUUCUCUACCGGAUUAGACUUUCCCAGUUGUUGCUCAGGAUAACAUGGUCCAAUCAGGGGACAGAUUGUUCAGCCAAUCACACAGAUGCACACCGACCAGACAUACUUUUUUUUCUCACACACCCAUUGCUGGACUCUGGCUGAUGAGACCUGAAGCGAUGAAGGAAACAGAUGAAUACAGGGAGGUCAUGAAGAAAUCACACUACACAACACUCAGAUUUAUAAACAUUAUGUUUGGUGUUUGGGAUUCUAAUGUGUUUUUAUAUAUAUUGAUGACUAUUUUUCCAUGUUACUUUUGAUUUUUUUUGUACGUUUCCAAGUGUGAGAGGCAUGUGACUGUGUGUAAUACUACCCAUCUGUCACUCUUUCUCUUGCUAGCUUGCUCUCUCUGUGUCCUCGCUCUCUCUCUGUCCUCGCUCUCUCUCUGUCCCCUCUCUCUCUCUCUCUCUGUCCCUCUCUCUCUCCUAUCUGUCGUUCUCUGCUCUACUGUGACAGUGUACAUCUCUUCUUUACCUGUCUGUCUUCCUCUGAUCAUGUCACUGCACACAAUUCAAUUUUUUUCACUUGGACAACACUAAAUCCUGGCCAAUUUUUUUUUACUGUUUGUACAAACACAGAGCUAAUGAUGACAGCAACCAAUGGAAUGCCAAGCACUUCAUAGUGUGUCUAUUGUGUACAUAGACUGUAAUAUAGUUCGUGAGAAGCACGUUUUCUCAAUAGCACAAGAGGACCUUUGUAUGUAGCUGUUUUAUCCUCUCAGUUGCUUCUGAGACCAUCCCUGUCUGUUAGUAGGAAACUGCUAGUUCAUGUCUUCAAAUUAGAAACCCUCUUGGCUGAAGCCAUGUUAGGCCCAGGUAUUGACACAUGGCUAUAUAAAUAAAGGUUAAAUUAAAAUGUAUAAAUUAWUUGACAAAUGGCUAUAUAUUGUAUCAUGGUAGAGCCAGGAUUUGUUCUUGACCAUGCGGCCUGACCAGGAAAAGCCACACACUUGAUUAUAGGCUAAUCAGGGCCCAGAGUUUUUUUCUGGUUAGAUCAUGUGGUUAAGAUUAAGAAAAACUCCUGACCCUUAACAUGUGUAACUGACCAUGGAUAAAUGGUUGUCUGCAAAAAUCCACCAGCCAAAUAUACAGAAUUGUGGAAUUGGUACAAAUGCUAAUUAAGGUUUCCAGUUAUUCGCUGGAAAUGCACUGCUGUCAGAUGUUGAUCUGUCUGAAGAUGCCUUGGCUGUAAUGUCCACAAUGCUGAGUGCGUUGAGGGAAGUUGGUACGUUUGAAAAGUAAAGUGGAUUCAGAGGGAAAAGGUUGACAGUUGAGGGAGUAAUGGAAAGAGAAAGUAUGUCGAUAGAUGUGUAGAAGAAAAAGGGAAAGUUCGAGAGUCCAAGACCUGUUAGUUUAGAAAUUGAAUUUUUUUGACAGCUGUUUGAGAGAUUUGGUUGAUAGAUCUUUAUCAUCAUCACAACAACAUAUUGUGAAUUAUUCAAGACUUGAUAAGGCCUUAACUUGUUUACAGAGGACGCAGACAUUGUCUACCAAAAGAGGGGUUGUUAAAUUUUGCACCUGGUGGGCUCAAUCCUAAAAGCUUUCCUAUUCAUCUGAGCAUCACAUGAUUCAUUCAACUGAUCAUUUAAUCAUUUGCAACAGUCACUAAUCAUGAGRCAAAACAAUGAGGUUGCUGGUCUGAGGAUGCCCCUAGGGGACUUCAGGUUGGGCAACCAAACUCACCGGUAGAAAAUCCCUUUCAAACCAGUAAGUAGUGACAUAGUGGAUUUAGCGUUUUUCCAUGACUAUCCCACCCACCUCCCUUCUGUUAAAGGGUCCUGGUUGUGUUACUCUUAUCUGUUUUUUCACAAAAAUAAAAUGCUUGUAAUGGUA